AUGGAUCGACGGGUGGACAUAUUGGAGUCGCGUAUGAACACGAACGACCGGCGACUAGGGAAGCUUCGACCGCCACAACGGCCUGAUCCGGAACCACCUUACGGUCUUCCUGAUCGUGGUGGCGCUGAUUGGGACAAGCAGCAUCGACGUUACACCCAGCCUACGUACCGGCGGCCACAACACCACCAGUCGGAUAGGUACCCACCGCCGCCUCCGUAUCAGCCGGAUAGACGCCGGCCGUACCACCUCCACCAAACUCGUUAUCCACUGCCCGAACACUCUCAACCCUUCGACUAUGGAGAGGUCAUUACUCACACGCAUUCGCCAACACGAGACGGCGACGGGGAGCUGUGUGAUUCAGAGGACUCCAUAUUAGAUGCAGAGCGUUGUGAUUCAGAGAACUCCAUAUUAGAGGCAGUAGCAAAGAAACUCAUGGAUCGUGGCUUGCCUAGUGAGAAUUGGGGAUCUAGGGAAGGUAGAGAUGGCAGACUCGAAGACCAACAAGUUCCAUCUUUUGAUGAAAUUGACCCACCGUGCAGCCCCGAUAUGAGUAAAGAGACGGAGGAAGAGGCAUUAUUAGACGAUGUAGAGGAGGUUGAUUCCAUUGAGGAAGUGAAGAAGGCUGUCGUUGCUCGAGUGACAUCCCAAGAUGUUGUUGGGAAUUGUUUGGGUGAAAAGGGAGAGUUGCGUGAUAGUGAUGUUGCAAGAAUAUUUCAGCGACCGACAUUGCUUGCCAUCGAUGCACGGAUGGUCCCGCCGCGAAAUUACACGGCGUGUUUGGGAGUUCGUGGACGUGUUAACAAGCUUCACGUUUUAGCGCUGAAUUUUGACGACUGUUUUGAUCCUACCUUGAUGAUUUUUUAUGGAGAAGGUGAAGUGACACGUCCAACUAUUCGGAGGAUGAAGAGCAGUGCUGAUGGAAAAACUGUAGGCCCAUCAGACUGUUGGGAAAUAGUUCACAUUCCUGAAAAGCCUCCGAUUCGUCCAGACCACCAGCCUAUGGUGGAUGUACUUGCUUCCGCAAUUGAUGCUAAGCAUGCGAAUACUGUAGUCAGAAAACUAAAUCAUAUAGCUCCCCUGGAAGGCCUCCACCAUGUGAAGCGCAUAAAAAAGACUUUUCUUGAUGGGGGAAAGAGUCAAUUAUUUGUGAUUUUAUGCAUGGAUCCUGGAAGCAAUGCUGAGUGUAACUAUAUACCUGAGUAUGUGCUGGGGCUUAUGAAUACGUACCAGUUGAGUACUUUCACUACAAAAGUAUGCAAAUAUGCUGCAACAACAAAAGAAGAAUGGAAAGAACAAUGCAAGUUGUGGCCAACUUCCUUCCAUCCACCUACUUCCAAUAUUGAUGGCAUAACUGGAUUUUCGGAGUCGGAUUCAUUAUCUGUUCUAAAAUUUAUGAAACAUGCAGUUCACAUUGCUAAAUCUGGUUCUUCGCUUGUCAAUGCUGCUGUUAUAGUGGAUCCUUUAUCAGGAGAAACUAUUGCUAGCUCGUGUGAUGAGGUCUUAUAUCCUGGUGCUAAAGAUAGUAUCAAGGAGCCAUGCUGUUCCAAAAAUCACGAAACAACUACACAUGUUGGCUCUCAUCAAAUAGGAAAUGAUUUACUAUCCUAUGAAGCAAAGCAAUCGUUUAUGGAAGUCUCUUGUUUAUAUCCUUGGGGAUGGCUCGAGCACCGAUUGCAUUCGAAUUUGGAUUCUUGGCAUCCUUUACGACAUGCAGCCAUAGUGGCAAUUGAAACUUCCGCUGCAAGAGACAGGCAUCUUUUUCCUAUGAACACUAGAGGGGCAGAUUCUGUUCAAGAAGAUCAGAAAGUGCUAACCCCGACCGCCUCUCCCUUAAAAAGACAAAAGAUUAACGAGAUAUCGGAUUGCAACAUGAAUGGUUCCAGAUAUAACCCUACAAGACCUUAUCUGUGUACUGGCUACGACAUCUACUUUGUCUGGGAGCCGUGUGCUAUGUGUUCAAUGGCAAUCGUGCAUCAGAGAAUCAGGCGAGUGUUCUAUGCUUUCCCAAAACCAAACGACGGUGCUUUGGGAAGCGUCCACAGAUUGCAAGGAGAGAGAAGCUUGAAUCAUCACUAUGCUGUUUUUAGAGUCAUGCUGCCUAGAGAGAUCCUUGAUUGA